AUGAAGUCAUAUUUCUGGUGUGUCUUUGCCCUCUGCUUCCAAAUCGGGGUUUCAACAGGCUCCGGGAAAUUUCCUCUGAACAAUACUAAAGGAACUGAGAAGCCGUCCACUGAUCUUAUCUUCUGCAGCAGACACAAAGUGUGGUGCUCACAGACAAACGUCCUUGCACAGAACCGUCCCCGUGCCCGCCAGAAGCCAAUGCAGCCGCACCUGUUUGCAAGAGAAAUCAAUGACUCAGCCAAGCAUAAGAUGUUUUCAUUUUACAAUGGAGGUAUACAGAUUUCUUGUGUGUAUCCUGAGACCACCCGACAGCUCAAAAUGCAGUUGUUCAAAGGGGAAGAAGUCCUCUGUGAGCUCACCAAGACCAAUGGAAAUGUUGGGUCCAGCAAGAAUCCCAGGUCCUGUCCAUAUCAGUUGUCCAACGACAGUGUCUCUUUUUUCCUAAACAACCUGGACAGUUCUCAGAGCAGCUAUUAUUUCUGUAGCCUGUUGAUUUUUGAACCACCUCCAUUUCGAGAAAGGACUUUUCCUGCAGAAUAUUUGCAUAUUUACGAAUCACAGCGUUACUGCCAGCUGAAGCCCUGGCUGCCCAUAGGAUGCGCAGCUUUUGUUGUGGUGUACAUUUUUGGAUGCAUGUUUAUCUUCUGGUUUACAAAAAAGAAGUAUGGAUCCAGUGUGCAUGACUCCAAUAGUGAAUACAUGAUCAUGGCAGCAGUCAACACAGCCAAAAAAUCUAGACUCGCAGGUAUAGACUCCCUCAGGGGCUUGUGGAGGGAGGAAUACUCUUUAUGUUAA